GGGGAGUGCCACAUGAGUAAGGAGCAUGGCACUCGUGAGGCGACGCGUGCCUCCAUCACUGAAUCACUCUCAUUCACAGCUUCUGCUGUCCGUGAGCAGCUUCGACCUUUAGAGCGCGGCCACAAGCAUUAUGGCACGAAUGAGCAUACGGGAAUGUUGUGUGAGAGAUUGGCUAUAGUGAGCACAGGGCGCUCAAGGGUACAUAGUUGUGUGUGGGGCGGUGUGAGGUGCAGGUCUCGUGCCUUCCUCAGGUUAAUCUCGGUUGAUGCCGUCACUAGUUCAACGUCACCCCUCCCCGCCGCUCCGUCCCUCCCCGCCUGUCAUUCUCCAACACGCUUAAUAUAAACGCGUUUUUGUGCCUGGUGGGAAUCUGCGAGUCUGUUCUUAUGGUAAUGGAGUUUAUUAGCUGGGUUGAGUGGUGUUGGUGGAGCGUUGACUCUUGCACUACAAUAGGUGCAAGUGGUGGAGUAAUAUUAUAGUGCGUGUGUGGGGGAUGAGGUGGCCAAGUUGACCACACUCCCCACGCCCACCCCACCACCGGAAGUUUGGAAUACCUUGCGUUACACGAUAUCCACCUUGAGAAGCAUACCGGUGGCGGCAGCUAGAAUGUUCUGUGUGGCACACUGCCAGUCUCACUCACGCUCAUUCAAUAACACUUGUAUUUCUAACCCAUCCAUUAACUUGUUUUAGAUUUAUACGUAAAUUUAUGUCGCUGCUUUUCCUACAGUUUGUUUAUACGAGACUAAGUUGCCAUCACAUACUCUUGAUGAAAGACCCGUGAUAUAUUAUGACAAUGGAAGUGUAAACAAUCAUAUUAGAGCAUUUAUGGCCGUGAGAAAGGUUGCGGGUGCCAGGUGGUGUGUGUGUGGGGCUGUAAUUAUAGUGUUACCGCGCGCAGGCUGGCUGCCCUCCGCCACCAGCCUUACUGCAAAUAUCUGAGUUGCAUCUACUAGGAGAUUGGCCCUGACUACCAGCUUUGGUGUCAGCAGUGCCAGGUCAUGCAGGACGUACGUGGUGCCACGGAGGACACCGCUGCCAUGACGGCUGCAGUGCAAACACCAGCCAGGGACCUUCUCGCUCACACCAAAUCACCUCUCCAGGAAUUAAAGAGCGAGUUCCCUCCGCCUCCCACAAUGGCCCAGCCUUCUCCGCCCACCGAAGUGGUCCAGCCUACCUCGCCCGCCGAAGUGGUCCAGUCUACCCCGCCCGUUGAAAUGGUCCAGUCUACCCCGCCCGCCGAAAUGGUCCAGUCUACCCCGCCCGCCGAAAUGGUCCAGUCUACCCCGCCCGCCCAAGUGGUCCAGUCUACCUCGCCCGCCGAAGUAGUCCAGCCCAGCCCACCUCUAAUAAGGGAAGAAUCGUCACUUUCUCACGACCCAUCGAUUCUGGAAUACAAGAAGCAAGGCAGCCCACCCGCAGCUGUGCCUGAGGGAGGCGUCGUCGUGGCAGGUUCGCAGCCAUCCGACCCUCUUCAGGUGCAAGCGGCCGUCCGUCAUAAUGGAACAGUAAAAGUGUCGCCCAAGAGAGAAACGGAUGAAUCCCCGCCAGAAAGUGGUUGGGAUCCCUCCACCAGAUCACCUCCUCCAGAGUCUCAUUCGAACCCGGGACCUCCGGCGGGGCAACCUUCACACGAUGCACCCACAAGGUCACCAUCUCACCACAACCCAAGACCUCCGCCUCAUACCACCUUACCUCGGCCCGUUCUCCAAGACCCGCAGAUGAGACACCCACAUCACCAGGGAAGACCCAUGCUCCAUGCCCCAUCUUUGGGGCCACCAAUGCACCCCCCACCCAUGGGCCCUCCACCACGUCACUUUGCACGGAUGGGACAUCGAGCACCCUUUCACGGCCCCAUGGUAGUGAUGCCCCCUCACCAGGUAUCACCAGCACGGCACCCUCAGAGGCCUAUGGUAUCACCACCACGACCAGAACACUACCGCACCACACUUGCUGGACAAACUUCUCAGGAUCCCGGCGACAUUACUGUACCACACUACCAGCAGGAGCCACCACCUGGCGAGGGCCCACUUCUCCAGGAAGAAGCACCACCAUACCAGGAAGGUGCAGGUUACCAGGGCGAAGGAGCCACCGGUUACCAAGGGGAAGGAGCUACCGGUUACCAGGGCGAAGGAGCCACCGGUUACCAGGGCGAAGGAGCCACCGGUUACCAGGGCGAAGGAGCCACCGGUUACCAAGGGGAAGGAGCUACCGGUUACCAGGGCGAAGGAGCUACCGGUUACCAGGGCGAAGGAGGCAUCGGUUACCAGAGCGAAGGAGCUACCGGUUACCAGGGCGAAGGAGCUACCGGUUACCAGGGCGAAGGAGCCACAGGUUACCAGGGCGAAGGAGCCACAGGUUACCAGGCGCGACCCACACGUCGGCAACCUGGUACCCUGCGUAUAUCCAAGUGGGUUAACCCAAUUCCCCCGGACCCUGAUGAUGGGCAGCAGCAGGUGGGAGAGCAGGAGCUAGCCACGAAGAUGCUGCAGAUCCAGAGUAAGCGCUUCUACAUAGAUGUUAAACAGAACAGACGAGGACGGUUUAUGAAGGUGGCGGAGAUUGGCGCCGAUGGUAGAAGAAACCAAGUGUUCCUUGCCCUUUCUACAGCAGCGGAAUUUAGAGAUCAUCUUUCUCUAUUUAGUGAUUUUUAUGCUAAUCUUGGUCCACCAAAUCCCGAUACGUUACCUGAAGAUGGUAAACUCAAGUCCGAGACUAUGGUGAAAGACAACAGACGGUACUACCUAGACCUCAAAGAAAAUUCAAGAGGGCGCUUCCUAAGGGUUUCACAAACAAUAGCAAGGGGUGGGCCACGGUGUCAAAUCGCUAUCCCAGCUCAAGGCAUGAUAGAAUUUCGUGAUGCUCUUCAGGAGUUACUCGACGAAUUUGGUACAGAUGAUGGUGGCUACAAAGGGGAGCUACCGGAAGGACGGCAUAUGCGAGUAGAAAACAAGAAUUUUUAUUUUGACAUAGGACAGAAUAACCGAGGAAUCUAUAUGCGUAUAUCUGAGGUUAAGACUAACUUCAGGACAGCUAUUACCAUCCCAGAAAAAUCUUGGUCACGGUUUCGAGACAUAUUUGCUGAUUAUGUAGACAAAAUGAAGGAUGGUGGAGAGAAGGGCCCUAGUGAGAGUAAUAAAUGAGUUAUGUGGCAGUGUUAGGUAUGGUAAAGGAUUGACUGGUGACAGGCACGUGUGGGGAUGGUGUUGUGUUGUGGCAGUCAGUAAGUGGUCACACCAGUGCUGAGAGACCACACUGUUGCCACCUACCCUCAGGAGGACCCUCUUGUUACUCCAGCCCUUGUCUUGGCUGCCAUUCCCACCACAAACUGCCAAUCUACUCCCAGUCUACUCUUGUAUAAAGUGUAAAGAGAAGUCUAUAACCAGAGUCAUUUAUUGUAUAGCUUAUGAACCAAUUACAGAUACCAGUGAGAACGGAAAAUCUGUUGCCUCUGUUUGCAGAAGGAAAAGAAAAUGUCCUUGGUAGACUUCCAAAGCUAUAGAAAAUGAAUUUAUAGACAAACAUAAGUGAUAAAUAUAAUACUAGAAGACUUACUGUCAUUGGCGGCAUUGUAACUUGAUGAUAUGGGAAUUACAGUAACUGAUUGCCUGUUUAUGUGUGUAGCAUUUAAAGAACUCACUGUGAUAUGUUUAUCACGCACUUGUGAGUGAAUCGUUGAAAAAGCUUGGUGAAUCCAGUAUACAGAACCUCUAUAGAACCCAACAUAGACAUGGCUCACUGCAGGUUACAUACAGUUAUUGUUGAGAAAGUCAUGGUAACUGAACUGUUGUUACUGUUGUGUGAGGCCACACUAGGCCGGUGCCCAUUAAGCAGUGUGGUGGAGUUGAGCCUUGGAAUGGUGUACUGCUGCCCAGUCCACACACCUGCCAUGCACCCUUUGCAUGACCACUUGCAAGAUUUGGUUUAUAUCAACAGAUCAAGAUGACAGCAAUAUGGGAAUAACAGGAAUCACAAACUCAUUAUAGGUACACAAAGGGUUAUGACGGGUGCGUGGGUGGUGGGCAGCAGUCGUGUGCCGCCGUCCCAAUGCGGACUGACCUCACCAGCCACUGCCACCAGUUGUCAUGUUGUCUUUCAUUGCCACUACCCAUCUUAGCAGCAGCAGAUGAUGUACCAGCAGGAGCAAGAGCAACAACCAUGGAGCUAGUUCAAGGACUGGGGACAGUACGGUUUGUGUCAAGUCGGAUCUAGAUUGACGGCAGAUACAUGAAGCCAGAUAGGGACUGUACAUCAUACUCAUGUAAUAGCAUUAUGGUGCCCAAGUGAAGUGGCAGAGUACCGUCCUGUCCCCCUGCCACCUGCCUGCCUUGCUGGAUGCCCUCUAGCCUCCAUGGGUUCCCACCCAACUCGCCAACAGUGCCAUCAGCAGAGCCUCAGGACCUGUCCUCUUGUUCCUUAUAAAUUUGAAAAAAUAAUUGACAAGCCUUUGGAAAGAGAUAACAUGAACAGCAUGUUGACUUGACUGUUUGGGGUCAGUAAUGGUGCUGGCCAUUGAUAAGGUUAACGAUACCUUCACUGGUAGCUUCUGCUGGUAUUGCCAGUGGACCAAGAGGUCAGGUAGGACAGUGCUCGAGGCUGUGGCUAGGCACCAUCAAAAUUCAGCGACUUUCCCCAUCUACGAAGACUGAAACCUCAAGUCAGGACACAUCACACUUUGUUUACUUACUUUGUAAAAUGAUUUGCUAUAGAUAGAGACUUAAUUAGUAUGUGAAUUAUCUUGCUGUACAAUCUUGUCAUGCUUUUUCUAAGUGCAGAGUUUGGGAUGUCAGUGGUGGACCAUACGCUUCAAGAAACAUAAGUGUUGGACGACAAAUUCAAACUUCCCCCAUCCUUCAUAACAAGGCUUAUCUUGUGGACUGUGGAAAGGUACAUUUGUUGGUGCAUUUGGAGGAAACAUGACAUGAAAGCAUGCAAGAAUGAUUGACACAGCUUUAAUAGUAACAGAGUAGGAUGAAAUGGGAGUUUACAUACAUCUAUAAUUGAUACCGAGAGUUUUUUUGUGAAAAGAUUUAUGUAACUAAUCAUGUUAUUUAUAUGAAUGAUCACUUUCUACAUAAAACUGUAAAAACUGUUUGGUAGGGUGUUGGCCAUGUGUAUUGAGGUGGUAAUAAUGUGUGAUCCCCAGACCAGGCCUGAUCACUCAUCCUCACCACCAUGUUUCUCUUCCACCUCUAUAUACAAUCAGUCCUGGGCAUUGUGCCCCCAUACACUUUCAUUUUGCUGAUUUUUACAUGAGCAUCCUAGACUGGUCUGCAGUCUCCUGUGUGUGUGUGCUUAUAUUUUUGUUUUGUUUCAAGAGGUAUCAUGUUAUCUGUAUUUCAUGAUUUUUGUUGGAUAAAGGAUGUGUAGUUGAUAGGUUUGUGUAUUAGAGUACUCAGAAACAUUUUUUUGUUUUAUUUUUGUUUUUAUUUUGUUUUUUUUAUACAAAGUGUAUAGAAGUAAGGAGGGGAUGAGAUCUACUGCAAUGCAGACCAAUCUAAGGAGUGACUGGCUGUGGCUCGUCUCAGUGGCCCAGUGCUGGCUGAUGGCACUGGUCCUCUGUCUCUGGCAGGGGUAUAGUUUUUUAUGUUAAUAUUAGAUUUAAAUUUUCAUGAAUUUAUAAUAUUGGUUUUCCUGGUUAAGUAUUGCGCCUGUUUCCCUCCAUGUUGCUGAUCUGCAGUUGACUGUCAGAUACCAGUAACUAACAUCUAGCAGUUUUAAAAGAAAAUUUUCUUUCAAGAUUGGAAAUUGUUACAAUUUUUUAGUUAUUUAUGUAAUUAUGUAUGAAGAAUACAUAUAUAUGUGGAUUUCUUAUAUUUUAGUAAAAUAAAAUUUUGAGCAGUGGGUGAUAGUGUGGUGACAUGAGGCAAGUAUAGCUGUAGCCAGCAUGUGUGUCCUGGCCAGGCUUGUAGGCGCCCUUCUACCAAGAGUACCCACGUGGGUAGUUGAGCUUGGUGUAGCAACUUUCCUCACUUUAAAGGCAAAAUUUCUUAUCAGUUUUUGGUGUGCUGUAUGUAAUGGAAUUUUCUAUACUGGAAAUUUGUAGAAAAAGUGGUUUGGACGUUUAUUGGCAGAUUGUGGAAAAUAAAAAGGUGUGGAAUGUAAACUCGGCAUGGAACGUGCUAAGCAUACAGUAAUUUGAUGUUCCUAUACAUUUAACACAAUAGUAGAUGAUGCAUAAGCUGAGAAUGAGGAAAGGAACCGUUUACAUCUUAUGCUAGCACCAUUAUUGUAGUAAGGUUGUGGUGAAUGGAGUAGGGAAGUGGGUGCCUGUUUAGUGGAAGGGUGUCUUGCUAGUGGAGAAUGAGUGGGAGCCUCAAGCUACUGAUGCAGGCAAACAUUUCCGUACGUAUUUGUGUCCAUGUCUGUUGCUCCAUGUUGACCAUCCCCGAGUAGGAUACUUCAAUCUGUGUUACCAAACAGUGAUGAAUAGAAGCCUUCAUUGUUUGUUUUCAAGCCAAUUCACUGCCAUUUUUUGUCGUAUCAUGGUGAUGGAAUUGAAGAAGUAUAAACAGUCCAGGGUGUUGGCUCACUGUGAGUGAAGUUUAGCUGUGGAAGUAUUUUCUUUGAUUUGGGGGACAUUUUUUGCCCAGUUUUGAUGAGAUUUGAGAAAAUUUGUUGCUUGAUGUGCCUGGUUUAUACAAGAAAAGGCAAUUUAGUUUUCCAAAAAGCAUUUACUUUCUUUUGUUAGGAGCAGCUAUUCUCCUUUGAUUUUUCAUUUAGCUUUUAUUUGUGUUUGAGUGGUCGUACAUGGAUUCUGAACUGCUUCAAGUCUUGCUCUGUUAUAAUUAUUGAUUGGUGAUAUGUAUUAGUCUCACUUUAAUCCCAUCAUGGCAAGAAACAUCAAAGAUGAAAUGGGAUCCUCUAGUGUUCUUGUACUACUAUCAUGUCCUGUGUGUCUUGACAUGCUUUGUCACGUUGUUCAACUAUUUCUGAAUAUGGCAAAAUUGCAACAGUACAUAUUAAUUCUUUUCACAUGCAAGAAAUUUUUUGAAAAAUUGCAACUUUGUGAUUAUCACAAAGAACUGCCAAGCAGAUCUUGCUUUAAAUUUGUUUGAUGCCAUUGAUAAUGUAAUUACCAAAUGAAAACUUUUUGAUUGAAAUAUAAAUUUUAGAAUUUUAUUAUGAUUAUAAUUUGUCAUUCAACGUUCAACGAACCUUCAAGAAAAUGAGAAACGACCCUCAUCUGUGACCAAGUUUAUUAUAAGAAACCUUUCCAAAACAUUGAUCUUCAAUUCUAUUGCUCCAAUUUUAUAACCUUUGUAGAUGUUUCAAAUUUCUAAUUAAUAGCAGGCACACUGGAUGAUACUCUCAAGCAAGGGUGGAAACAGACUCAACAGGUGGUGGGGAGAAAUUUAAUGUCUCUCCUCGCUCAUUUUUUUAGUGUUUUUAUUAAAAACAAUUUUAUUUUAUUUAUUUUUCUCACUACAAAGGUCAAACAUUGACAUACACGAGUGGUCUUCUUCAUUGCAAGAGGUUGUUGGAAGUUGUGUACCAAACAAAAAUUGGUGCUUUGUUUGUCAGUCAGGACUUGGCAAUACAUAGGCUUUGAUUGUAGAAUUUGAUUUUGAUUACCCUUUCUCUGACUUGAGAAUGUCACAAUCAAUAAAGAAUUGAUAAUAUCAGAGUUAGUUAAGAGACUGGUAUAAUGAAAUUUAUUGUUAUUAUUUGUACUAAUGUUUUAAUAAUGUUUUGUUUAAAAUUUGUUUGAAUAAAGUAAGAGCAAGGAAAGAGAAGGUACUUCUGGACUGUAAUUAACUUUUUUCAAUCCAAUUCCUUGUAUUGGAGAGAAUGUGUGUGACUGUGUGAGCAAGUGAUGUCCACUUAUACUUCCCCCUUUGCAAGCCAAUAUGAAGUGUGACCAGUUAUGUAACUGACCAGUAUUUGCAUGUAUUUUGAUACCAAAUUUUAAAAGUUUUUGUAUAUUUCAUUUAAUAUUAAUAAACAAUUUAUCCUAACUGCAAUAACUUCAGAUUUACAUAAGAUUUGGAACCAAUAUUCUAAAGCAGUUUGAUAAGGAUGUUACAAGUAGUGUCUUCUGUACUCAAAACCUAACUGUGUGAUUAAAACAGCAAUCAAAUGCCAUGUCCUUUUAAAUUGUGAACUGGCAUGUUGAUUUUUAAACUUCAUAACCAUAAUUUGUGUGUAUAGACAUACUGUCAGCAUUAAAAUUGGGAGUGAAGCCAUUACAGAACUAAA